UGAAUUUUGAAGCAUUAAAGCCAAGGGAAUAAAGCGUUUAUGAAGUCAGAGCAGUCGCUUCACGUUCUUCGAUUUUCUCAUUGAAAUUGCUUUACAUUCUCUCUAAUAAUUCAUUUGUUUUUGUGGGAUUUGUUUCUGGUAAGUGAAUUUUUGUGGGAUGAUUACUCAUAUAUGUUUUCUUUAGAUUCCUGGGCGAAGUUGUUUUGAUGGAGGGUUGGAGUCGGUUCUCUGAACUGUUUAGCAAGUGAGAUUAAUUAUUUAAACCUUAUGCUUUGUUUGGCAGUGAGAAAAUUUGAGAAAACAAAACAAAACUUGGAAUGUUAUGAUACCCACUUCAAAGUUCAAACCUAAUGCGCCAAACCCAUUAUAAGAAUUCAAGAUUAUUUUUUACUUGUAUUGUAUUUAUUAUUUUUCUUUCUUUGUACAAGUGUUGUUACUCGGUCUUGAGAUUCUGUUUCUGAAUCGGGGGUUGGUUGAAGAUUAAACCCUGCAAAAUGUUUACACAAGGCCUUGAUAGUAAUGCCCUAAAGUGGGUUGGAGAGGAGAAGAAGAAAGAUAUUUCGGUUUUGAUUCCUACCCAGGGACUUCAAUGUGAUCCUAUUGCUAGUCUAAGAAAUGGUGGGCGAGGCUUUGGGUUGCCUCCUUCAGACAAGUUCCGUAGUGGGUAUAUGCCAUCAGGAAUAAUUCCAGUAUCACGUGCUAUACCCAGGAGUGGUGAUGAUAGUGGGUCUGGAUCAGACAUGGACAUAGGCACCGAUUCAGAGGAUGACAUACACAUUGGGCAGGACUCGCUUGAUUCAUCACCCCAAGAUAAUAGAAUUCCCGUUUCUGCGGGUCCCAAAUAUCCAACUCCAUUGCAAAAGCAUAGGUGUACAGAAGAUGUGGAGAGAAUGGGAGAUGGAGGUGGUGGGUUUUCAGUUGGACGACAUGGGUGUACAGAAGAUGGAACAUCAGAUUCAGCUGCUGGCUCUGGAGUGUCCUCCACUCAAUUUAGAAGCCUCGGUGGUGUUAUGCCUCAUCGAGCAAUGAAUGCUUCAGAAUCAAACGUUUCUUUGCGGACAGAUACGGAAAUGGCAGCUGAACAGCUGGUUGAGUGGCUGCAGGAUUUCUAUGCCAGAGGAAUGCAGAAGCUUUCUGGUGAUGAUGAUAUCCCCAGUGCACCCCCAUUUGUUGGUUCUAGUCUGGAAAUCAACCAAGACAGGGAUCAAAUUUCAAGUAGUACUGUAACCAUAAAUGAGCCAAACACAACAAAAAACAUUCCCUCAAGCACCACUGCACAGGAAAAUAGCAGCAACAGAAUUCCUGACCCCUCUGCAAGCAUUGCUGAAACUACUGCAUCUUUGGGUUCUUUGCCAGCUCGUCUUCCCACAUUUCAUGCAAGUGGGCAAGGUCCAUGGUGUGCUGUGAUUUCUUAUGAUGCAUGUGUUCGGCUUUGUCUUCACUCAUGGGCUGGGGGUUGCAUGGAAGCACCCCUCUUCUUGGAUAAUGAAUGUGCACUGUUGCGAAAUGCAUUUGGUCUGGAACAAGUACUACUACAAUCAGAGGAAGAACUGUUGGCAAGACGAUCUUCAGAUAUAGUCAGUGAGGGAGUUGCACCAAAACUGAAGAAAAUCAUUGGAAAAAUGAAAGUUCAAACACGAAAAGUGAAAAUGGCUCGAGACCCACCUACUGGCUGCAGUUUUACAUCUCUAAAGCAACCAACAAUAAAUAUGGAAUCAUUUUGGUUUCGUUUCUCCAAAUUAAAAUCAACCCUUCAUUCUGGAUGGGUUGCUGUGAGGAAAGUUAAUUUUGCUCCCCGUAUACCUGUAAAUGGUUCUUUUUCAAGUCGGAGUUUAGCAUAUAUGCAUGCAAGCACUCGAUAUAUAAAACAGGUCUCUGGACUCUUAAAAAUUGGGGUGACUAGUAUGUGCAACAGCGGUUCGCCAUCUUAUGAAGCAGUGCAAGAAACCUAUUCUUGUUUAUUGAGAUUGAAAAGUUCAUCUGAAGAGGAUGCAGUUCGCAUGCAAGCAGGAUCUGGUGAAACCCAUGUAUUCUUCCCAGAUAGCAUUGGCGAUGAUCUGAUAAUUGAAGUCCAAGAUUCUAAAGGACAGUAUUAUGGUCGUGUUGUAGCUCAAUUGGCCGCUAUCACAGAUGAGCCAAGUGACAAGCUCCGCUGGUGGUCUAUAUAUCAUGAGCCAGAGCAUGAUCUUGUGGGCAGAAUACAACUAUACAUAAACUAUUCAACUAUUGUGGAUGAGAAUAGUCAUCUUAAGUGUGGUUCCGUUGCAGAAACUGUGGCAUAUGACUUGGUGUUAGAAGUUGCAAUGAGAGUUCAACGUUUUCAGCAAAGACAUUUGUUGCUACAUGGUCCAUGGAAGUGGUUAGUGACCGAAUUUGCCUCCUACUAUGGAGUUUCAGAUACAUACACCAAGUUAAGAUACUUAUCAUAUGUUAUGGAAGUAGCAACACCCACUGCAGACUGCCUAGGCUUGGUCCAUGACUUGCUGCUACCUGUGUUAAUGAAAUGCUCCAGUAGGGGUGUUUUAAGCCAUCAAGAGAAUCGCAUCCUUGGGGAGAUUGAGGAUCAAGUUGAGCAGAUUCUUGCUUUGGUUUUUGAGAACUACAAGUCCCUUGAUGAAUCAUCUCCAUCAGGAAUGUUGGAUGUUUUUGUGCCUGCAAUUGGAAAUGCAGCUCCUGCUUUGGAACCUGCUGUAAAGCUUUACACUCUAUUCCAUGACAUCUUGAGUUCUGAGGCUCAGUUGAAGCUUUGCAAAUAUUUUCAGGCUGCUGCAAAGAAGAGAUCAAGAAGGCACUUGGCUGAAACGGAUGACUUUAUUUCCAGUAAUAAUGAGAGCACAUUGAUGGAUUCUGUGACUCUUUGUACAGCUUACCAGAAGAUGAAAUCAUUGUGUUUAAAUAUUAGAAAUGAAAUUUUUGCUGACAUUGAGAUCCACAAUCAGCAUGUUCUGCCCAGUUUUAUUGAUCUACCAAAUCUUUCUUCAGCCAUAUAUAGUGUGGAGCUAUGCAAUAGAUUGCAAGCCUUCCUUCUUUCGUGUCCUCCUUCUGGCCCCUCGCCUCCUGUGACUGAACUUGUUAUUGCAACAGCAGACUUCCAAAAGGAUAUAGCUUGCUGGAACAUUAGUCCUAUCAAAGGUGGAGUGGAUGCGAAAGAAUUAUUUCACUUGUAUAUAAUUGUCUGGAUUCAAGACAAGCGUCUUGCUUUGCUCGACUCAUGCAAACUAGAUAAGGUAAAGUGGUGUGGAAUCAGAACACAACACUCUACCACACCCUUUGUAGAUGAAAUGUAUGAGCGGCUGAAGGAGACAUUGAAUGAAUAUGAAAUCAUCAUUCGUCGCUGGCCAGAAUAUACAAUUGUUUUGGAGAAUGCUGUUGCAGAUGUUGAGAAGGCAGUUUUAGAAGCUUUGGAGAAGCAAUAUGCCGAUGUUUUAUCACCAUUGAAGGACAAUCUGGCAACUAAGAUAUUGGGGCUCAAAUAUGUGCAGAAAUUUGCAAAACGAACAGUAAACACCUAUACAGUCCCUGGAGAGCUGGGAAUUCUUUUAAAUUCCAUGAAAAGGAUGCUGGAUGUGCUGCGGCCCAAGAUAGAAACCCAGUUGAAGUCAUGGGGUUCUUGCAUCCCUGAUGGUGGAAAUGCAGUGGCAGGUGAGCGUCUCAGUGAAGUAACUGUGAUGCUUAGAGCCAAAUUCAGAAAUUAUGUGCAAGCAAUUGUUGAGAAACUUGCAGAGAAUACAAGGGUGCAGAGUGCCACAAAAUUGAAGAAGAUAAUCCAGGACUCAGAAGAAACCGUGGUAGAAUCAGAUGUACAAAGUAGAAUGCAGCCAUUGAAGGAUCUUCUAACAAAGACAAUUGACCACCUUUAUACCGUCUUUGAAGUUCAUGUGUUCAUAGCAAUCUGCCGAUGUUAUUGGGACCGGAUGGGACAGGAUGUGCUAAGUUUUUUGGAGAAUAGGAGAGAGAACCAGUCUUGGUAUAAAGGCUCACGAAUCGCUGUGUCUAUUUUAGAUGACACAUUUGCAUCACAAAUGCAACAAUUACUUGGAAAUGCACUGCAAGAGAAAGACCUGGAGCCACCCAGAUCGAUAAUGGAAGUGCGGUCCAUGCUCUGUAAGGAUGCUGUAAACCACAAGGAGAACAACUACUAUUUCUAGACUCUAAAUUUCUAAUUACCUGUACAUACAUACAAGUCCAAGGAGGCCCUCAGUUUCUCUCCAUUAUCAUCAAAUUGAAGCAAGGAAGGAACACAGACACUGUCACCCUCAUAUGUAUGAUCCGGGUUUGAUGAUUUUUCAGUUUUGAUGAAGUUGCCCCACCAUGGCCUCCAUGGAGGUUAUCAUUUGUUAUUCUUUUUUUUUUUUAGAGAAUAUGGAUUAUGGAAGACAGUGUUCAUCACUUUUAUUUUCUUGUUGCAUUUCCAGCAGACAUCUUGUUUCAACUUGUGAGCUGUGAUUCACGUAACCGAUUUUGUGUAUAUGGUAUACCGUAUUAAGGGUUUUUGCAGUUGCAAGUUGAAUGAAUUAGAGGGCUCGUUUGGGAGUGACUCUGGUUAAAACA